UUCAGCUCCUUUUCAUUCAUGUACUCGAGUUCUCAGUGACCUGCCUAUCAUUAGCAUCAUCAUCGUUGUUAUCAGUAGCCAUUGUGGGUCUAGCACUUGCUGGUCCCAGGGGCCACUGGGCCGCGCCUGCGGCCCCUUCGACUCCUCCCCCCCGCUUGCACGCUGCCCUUUCGUCUCCUGGCGCUGAUGGUGUGCGGCGCGCGGCUGCGCUGGCUCUCUGAGCAGCUGGCCCUUGGCAGGCAGUGCAGGCUUCGUGCGAACUCGCACCGCGACAAGGUGAUCUUCAAAGUUUUGUUGCUGCCUGUCUACGACCCCAUCAUGCUCAUCUCCUUCGCCAUUAUGCUGGUUUCUUCAGUCCUCGAGUCUCUUCCAGAUGCAGUGGUGGCUGAUCAUGGCCAUUGUUCUUCGGCUGGCGAAUCACACAUAUCGAUAUCGGUUCGGCGUAUUCUUCAAGAUGAUCGUCCUGGAGCUGCUGAGCAUGCUGUUCGGGUUCUGGAUGCUCUCGGGGUUCGGGGUCUUCCGCCGGCGAAUGCCGCUCGAGUUCAUGCAGGUGCUCAUGAACGUGGUCGUCAUGACUUUCCUGAAGCUGCUGGUGUUCGUAGCCUUCCUGCUUCUGGGGGUGACCAAGCCGUUCAUGCUGAUCAACAUGGUGAGGCUGAUCUUCCUGAGUAUCCUGUCCUUCGCCCUGGUGGCGCUGGUGCCCUUCUUCAUGUCGGAGCCGCUCCUCAUCGUGAAGGUGCCGGUCCUCGUCGUGAAGGUGAAGGCGCCGCUCCUCAUCGCGAAGGUGCCGCUCCUCAUCGUGAAGGUGCCGCUCCUCCUCGUGCAGGUGCCGCUCCUCAGCGUGAAGGUGCCGCUUCAUACCGUGAAGAUGCCGCUCCUCAUCGCGAAGACGCCACUCAUCCUCGAAGGCGCUGCCGACCCUCAUCGUGAAGGUGCUGCCGCUUCCCGUUGUGAUGGUGCCGCCGCUUCCCAUCGUGAAAAUGGUGCCGCUCCUCAUCGUGAAGGUGCUGCCGCUCCUCAUCGUGAGGGUGGCGCUCCUUAUUGUGAAGGCGCCGCUCAUCGUGAAGGCGCCGUUCCUCGACAUGACGGCGACGCCCCUCACCGCGAAGGUGGUGCCGCUCAUCGACAUGACGGAGCUGCCGCCCCUCAUCGUGAAGGUGCUGCCGUUCCCCAUCGUGAAGGUGAUUCCGCUCUUCAUCGUGUAGGUGUUGCCGCUGCUCAUCGCGAAGUUCAUUAUAUGUUGUCCCCGCCUCGGAAGAAGGCUCGUGGCGAGGACGACGAGCUCGAUGGUAGAAGCUCUGAGGCCCCUGUCGUUCCAGCGCUGGCCGAGUCCUUCGCCUCUGGAGCUGCGCACUCCGGCGCGGCAUCGUUCGCGUACUUCGACGGUCUUUUCCCGCAAGGCCUGAGCAAGGAGGACAAAAUCAUCAAUGUGUUGCUUCACAAACCCUGCCAGGCUUCUGACGUGAUGACAUCGUUCGGUGCUAUUGCGCGCUACUUUGGGGAAUGUGAGGAUAUUUUAAGCAGUCAUCUGUGCAAUAGUGUUGGACCACCACCGCUCCCAGGGAAGUCUGUUUACCUGAUGGCCUCGUCGUCUGCUGCUGGCCUGGAUCGAAGCAGCGUCUGCGAGGUGACUGCUCUCGACCUGUUCCGAACACUUCAAUUACCUCGGCGGGGGGUAUAUACAUAUAGAGAAAGAGAGUAAUAGAGAGAGAGAGAAC